GGUCGGGCCAAGCGCUUUGCCUCGGUCCCGCGGUACGUGGAGACCUUGGUGGUGGCCGACGAGUCGAUGGUGAAGUUCCACGGGGAUGACCUGCAGCACUACCUGCUGACCCUGAUGGCCACGGCCGCGCGGCUCUACAAGCAUCCCAGCAUCCGCAACCCCAUCCAGAUCUCCGUGGUCAAGUUCCUCCUGAUCGGGCAGGAUGACAAGGGGCCCAAGGUCACCAGCAACGCUGCCCUCACCCUCCGCAACUUCUGUGCCUGGCAGAAGAAGUGGAACAAGGUCAGCGACAAGCACCCCGAGUACUGGGACACUGCCAUCCUCUUCACCAGGCAGGACCUGUGUGGUGCCACCACCUGUGACACGCUGGGGAUGGCAGAUGUGGGCACCAUGUGUGACCCCAAGCGCAGCUGCUCCGUCAUCGAGGACGAUGGACUGCCCUCGGCUUUCACCACCGCCCACGAGCUGGGCCACGUCUUCAACAUGCCCCAUGACAACGUGAAGGCCUGUGAGGAGGUCUUUGGCCAGCUGAAGACCAACCACAUGAUGUCCCCCACCCUCAUCCAGAUCGACCGUGCCAACCCCUGGUCAGCCUGCAGUGCUGCCAUCAUCACUGACUUCCUGGACAGUGGCCACGGUGACUGCUUGCUGGACCAGCCUGCCAAACCCAUCCCGCUGCCCGAAGACCUGCCGGGGACGAGCUACAGCCUGAACCAGCAGUGUGAACUGGCCUUUGGGGUGGGCUCCAAGCCCUGCCCCUACAUGCAGUACUGUGCCAAGCUGUGGUGCACGGGGAAGGCUCGUGGGCAGGUCGUGUGCCAGACACGCCACUUCCCCUGGGCCGACGGCACCGGCUGCGGCGACGGACGCUUCUGCCUGAAGGGCUCCUGCGUGGAGAGGCACAACAUCAGCAAGUACAGGGUGGAUGGUGGCUGGGCCAAGUGGGCUCCCUACGGGCAGUGCUCGCGGACGUGCGGCGGUGGCGUGCAGCUGGCCAAGAGAGACCCUGUGCCGGCCAACGGCGGCUCCUACUGCGAGGGCAUCCGCGUCAAGUACCGCUCCUGCAACCUGGAGCCCUGCCCCGCCUCAGUGCCAGGGAAGAGCUUCCGCGAGGAGCAGUGUGAGGCUUUCAACGGAUACAGUCACAGCACCAACCGCCUCACUGCCUCGGUGUCCUGGGUCCCCAAAUACUCUGGUGUCUCACCCAGGGACAAGUGCAAGCUCAUCUGCCGGGCUAAUGGCACAGGAUACUUCUACGUGCUGGCACCCAAGGUUGUGGACGGCACUCCUUGUUCCCCGGACUCCACCUCGGUCUGUGUCCAGGGAAAAUGCAUCAAGGCAGGCUGUGAUGGCAAGUUGGGCUCCAAGAAGAAGUUUGACAAAUGUAGUGUGUGUGGAGGAGACAACAAGAGCUGCAAGAAGGUCUCAGGCUUGUUCACCAAACCCAUGCACGGCUACAACUUCGUGGUGGUGAUCCCUGCGGGUGCCUCCAACAUCGACAUCCGUCAGCGCGGCUACAAAGGGCUCAUCAGUGAUGACAACUACCUGGCGCUGAAGAACGCGCAGGGCAAGUAUCUCCUGAACGGGCACUUCAUCGUCUCGGCCGUGGAGAGGGACCUGAUGGUGAAGGGCAGUGUCCUGCGCUACAGCGGCACCGGCACCGCCGUGGAGAGCCUCCAGGCCUUCAAACCCAUCCAGGAACCCCUGACUUUGGAGGUGCUCUCUGUGGGCAAGAUGACUCCUCCUCGGGUACGCUACUCCUUCUACCUUCCCAAGGAGAGCAAGGAGGACAAGUCCUCCUACAAGAAGGAGGGCAAACCCCCACCAGACCUCAACAACAGCGUGCUCAGCUUGUCCAACCGCUUGGACAGCGGGAGGCCGAGCUACAAACGUCCUUCCUACAAGUGGGCAGCAGGAGGCUGGGAGGCCUGUUCUGUCACCUGUGGGGAUGGCUUGCAGAAGAGGUCGGUAGCUUGUCAUGACUCCUACG